UGAGGAGGGGUAGUUUACAGGAAGCACCUGAACGUCGCACGGCACUGCCAGCAGUCCAGCGGCUGUGGCUCGAAAAGAUGCAGACUAUAAAGUGUGUGGUGGUGGGUGACGGUGCAGUGGGAAAGACAUGCCUGCUCAUCUCAUACACAACCAACAAGUUUCCUUCCGAAUAUGUUCCCACGGUGUUCGAUAACUAUGCCGUGACGGUGAUGAUCGGCGGAGAACCGUACACUCUGGGACUGUUUGACACUGCAGGUCAGGAGGACUACGACAGACUGCGACCCCUCAGCUAUCCUCAGACAGACGUCUUCCUCGUCUGUUUCUCUGUCGUAUCACCGUCAUCCUUUGAGAACGUCAGAGAGAAGUGGGUGCCAGAGAUUUCACAUCACUGCCAACGGACGCCCUUCCUGCUGGUCGGGACUCAGGUGGAUCUGAGAGAUGACAGCAGCACCAUGGAGAAGCUGGCAAAGAACAAACAGCGAGCCCUGACCUUCGAGAGCGGAGAGAAACUGGCCCGUGAGCUGAAGGCCGUCAAAUACGUGGAGUGUUCAGCGCUGACGCAGAGAGGACUGAAGAACGUGUUUGACGAGGCCAUCCUGGCAGCUCUGGAGCCUCCGGACACCAAACCCAAAAAGCGCUGUGUCCUGUUAUAGACGCCACAUGAAGAAGACGAGGGGGAGGAGAAGUUGGAGGUGGACCGGAAGGAGAUUAUUAACUCUGAUGGGAAC